UGAUUUAUUCUUUACUGUUUUUCAAUUGAACCAUCCAAUGAUUUCAAACAACCCACAUUGCAGCUUCUUUUUCAUUUGCUAUAAAAGUACAAAACUCAAGCCAUUAUCAAAGAACAAAUAUAUUUGACAAUCUUUCCUCUUCCUUAACCUACUACUCUCUUUCUCUCACACACCAAUACACCAUGUAUAACUUUCAACCUUGUUUUUCCAACAUCUUGAAGUUGUUGUUUCUUCUAAUUGUUUUUGUCCUCCCCACUAUAGUUUCUGGAGAUUGUACAUGUGAUGCUGAGGCCACAAAGAACAACAAAAGUGUUGCACUUAAAUAUAAAGUAGGUUCAAUAGCUUUAAUUCUUCUUGCAGGUGCUGUGGGAGUAAGCAUUCCAUUGCUGGGCAAGAAAAUUCCAACUCUAAGGCCUGAACAUGACAUCUUUUUCAUGAUUAAGGCCUUUGCAGCUGGUGUAAUUCUAGCAACCGGGUUCAUUCACAUACUACCGGAUGCAUUCACAAGUUUAACAUCACCAUGCCUUGAUGAAAAUCCAUGGGGAAAAUUCCCUUUCACCGGCUUCAUUGCCAUGAUGUCUGCUAUAGGAACAUUAAUGGUGGACUCAUUGGCAACUGGGUUUUAUAAGAGGCUGCACUACAAUAACUCUAAGCAGGUGAAUGUUGUGGAUGAAGAGAUGAAUGAAGAACAUCAGGGACAUGUGCAUGUGCAUACACAUGCCACACACGGUCAUGCUCAUGGCUCAGCCACCAAUCCCGAGGACUCGAGUCUUGCCGAGCUAAUCCGUUUUCGUGUUAUAUCACAAGUGUUGGAGUUAGGAAUUGUGGCUCAUUCAGUGAUAAUUGGAAUAUCAUUGGGUUCUUCUCAAAGCCCUCAGACAAUAAAGCCUCUACUAGCAGCACUGUCUUUCCAUCAAUUUUUUGAGGGAAUGGGACUUGGUGGUUGCAUUUCUCAGGCACAAUUCAAGACUCGGUCUGCAGCAAUAAUGGCAACAUUUUUCUCCCUCACAACACCUGUGGGAAUUGCAAUUGGUAUUGGAAUAUCAAGUGUUUACAAUGAGAAUGGCCCAACAUCUCUGAUUGUUGAAGGGAUUUUCGAUGCUGCAUCAGCUGGGAUUUUGAUUUACAUGGCACUUGUUGACCUACUAGCAGCAGAUUUCAUGAACCCAAGAGUGCAAAACAGCUUGAGGAUCCAAUUUGGAGCAAAUGCAUCACUUCUUCUAGGGGCUGGUUGCAUGUCUGUCUUGGCCAAAUGGGCUUGAAUUUUGUGCACCAUGUAUUUUGCUAUAAAAGUUAAUUUUGACUGUUACUGCUUUUUUUAUUUA